UCAAGUUCUAUUUAGUAUUCGUCCUGACAGCAAUCAAGUCUCCUAUACGAAGCGUAUAAUUUUUGUUAAUAUAAUAUCCUCGCCAUUUUUAUUACGUUGGUUUAUGGUUACUGUGUUGUGAUCUUUCAGGAAGAUAAUUUAAAAACAUGUUCGCGCUUCUAUCCCUAACAGUAGGUAUUAUUGUGUUAUCUCUUUGGCUGCGUUGGAGGUAUAUGAAUAGUAGAUUGUUGGAAAUUGCUGAGAAAAUACCGGGACCUCCUGUGGUGCCACUAUUAGGAAAUGCUCUAAUAUUUAUGGCGCGAUCAGAAGAUAUUCUCAAUGUAAUGAAACAAAUAAUUACGGAUCAUGGCGAAAUUAUACGAAUCUGGUUAGGCGCGGAACUGAACAUUGUGGUCAUCAAUCCAGAUGAUGUAAAGACACUUUUAACCAGUUCUAAGACGAGCGUGAAAGGUCCACUGUAUAAAUACAUGGCGGAUGUAUUAGGGAGUGGCAUAUUAAGUGGUUCAGGAGCCAAAUGGAGAAGACACCGCAAGAUAGCUUCUCCGAAUUACGGUAAAAAGGCUAUUGAUGGAUAUACAGCAAUAUUCACACAAGAAGCCAAUUUUUUACUCCAUAACUUGAACUCAAUACCAAGAGGAAAACAGAUUAAUAUUUACAAUGAAGUUGUUAAAUGCACCACAUAUACCGUAUGCCAAACAUUACUAGGCUUGACCAGAGAGGAAACAUUACAAGUUUCCCAUCUUCAGCAAAUAAUUGAUUUAUCUCCAAGAAUGUACGACAUUAUAUAUAAAAGAAUGACGCAAUGGUAUCUACAGAUAGAUCCUGUAUUUUGGCUGACAGAAUUACACCGUUCUCAAAAGAACUUCAUCAAAUUAAUGUUUGAGUUUGGAAAUGAUAUUAUCGACUUCCAGAACAAGAAGCUAAAGGCAUUUAAAAACAAUAAUAUUGAAGUACCUUAUUCGGAAGAUGAUAAUGUGAAUAACGAGGGAUUAAGUAUUGUAGAUCGUUUGAUACUGUCCGAUGAACUUACAAAUGAAGAGUUAGUACAAGAAAUACUCACUGUCUUCACUUCGAGUCAGGAAGCUUCUGGAAAAAUAUGUUCGUAUUUGCUGUUAAUGAUGGCAUUUCAUCCAGAAUGUCAGGACACUCUAUACAAAGAAAUAAAAGAAGUUAUUGGUGAUGAAGACAGAGAUAUAACUGAAGAAGAUUUCAAAAUAAUGCCAUACUUAGACAUGGUUUAUAAGGAGGUGAUCAGAUUGUUCCCAAUUGGAGCAAUAAUACAACGAACAGUUCAAGAGGAUAUUACCAUAAGUUCGUGUACAAUCCCUGCAGGCACUUCCUUAGCUAUACCAAUUUACCACAUUCAACGCCAUGAGCGGUUCUGGAAAAAUCCAGAAGCUUUUGACCCAGAUAGAUUCAACCCUGAGAAUUGUAAAUUGCGGCAUCCCUAUUGCUAUUUACCAUUCAGUUUGGGCCCUAUGGAUUGUAUAGGAAGACAUUUUGGUACAAAAUUAAUAAAAACUACAGCUAUUCGAGUACUUCAAAAGUUUGCAUUAUCUUCCAAAAGCAGUUAUAAGGAUCUGCGAUUGACAAUUGCUAUAUCUGUAUACUCACUUGAUGGAUAUCCAGUUAUUUUGACUCCAAGAAAUGAAUGAAGAAAAUAUUCUAUAAAGAUAACACAUAUAAAAUUUGGAAGUACCUACAAAAGAGGGACUAUAAUUGACGACUUGUCGGGAAUGAAAACAAUAUUUUAAAAUUAAAAUAAAGAUUUAACUUUUA